AUGCUUCUCCUAGACUAUCAGAACGUUCUCAUACAGUCGGUGCUGACUGAGAGAUUCUCCGGUGCCCCUCCCGCACACAUCGACCAGACCGUCUCCGAUUUCGACGGCGUCAUCUACCACAUCUCGACCCCCGAGACGAAGACUAAGAUUCAGCUCUCCAUUCAAAUAAGAUGCUACAAGGAUCUGGUGAAGUACGGGGCGGAGCAGGUGCUGCAGAGGGAAUAUGGCCAAUAUGUGGUACCGCCGGAAGCCGGCUACGACUUCUCUGUCCUGAUCGAUCUUGAGAACCUCCCGGAGGACAAGGACGAACGAGAAGCAUUGAUCAUGAAGAUGGCAUUGCUGAAGCGCAACGCCAUGGCUGCUCCUUUCGAGGCCGCGUACGAGGAGCACUACAAGCUGAAGGAGGAGGCAUCCAAGUACACCUCCGAGGAGGCUCCGCAGGGUGUACGCGAGGGCGGCGAGGUCAUGGCUAUUCACUACCGCGAGGAGGAGGCCAUCUACGUCAAGGCCAGCCACGACCGUGUCACCGUCAUUUUCAGCACCAUAUUUCGUGAGGAGACCGACCGCGUCUUUGGCAAAAUUUUUAUCCAAGAAUUCGUCGAUGCCCGCCGGCGGGCUAUCCAGAACGCUCCCCAGGUGCUCUUCAGAAAUGACCCUCCUUUGGAGCUACAGGGAGUUCCUGGAGUCAGAGACACUGGAACGGGCGAGAUCGGAUAUGUUACCUUUGUUCUCUUUCCUCGCCAUCUUACACCUCAGAGAAUGCCCGACGUCAUUUCCCACAUCCAGACAUUCCGAGACUACUUUCACUACCAUAUCAAGGCGUCCAAGGCAUACAUCCACUCGCGCAUGCGUAAGCGCACAGCAGACUUCCUCCAAGUUCUGCGCCGCGCGCGCCCAGAUAGCGAGGAGAAGGAGCGCAAGACGGCAAGUGGUCGGACUUUCAAGGUCCAGGGAGCGUAA